CGUCACAUCCCACAGCGCAUCCCACGACAUAUUGUUGAAGACGCAGCUGUCGGCGUAGAAAUCAUGCUGCCAAAAUGAGCUUCAUCCAGCGCGUCGACAGCGCCGCCCCUCUGGGCUACACUACCCCCGACUUCCCCUCCCUCUACUGGCCGCUCCCUAUUAGCGCCUCCAAACCCUACUACCUCUACCACCCCGGCGACAUCUGGCGCUUCACCACGAUAUGGACGCUGAUCUGCAUCGGCGCCGUGCACAUGGUCGUCGCGGCUUGGGCGUGCAUCGUGCAGCGGCGCAAUUGGAAGAUCAUGUGGAUGACACCACUUGUGUAUGCCAUCAUUGCAGGCAUAGAGGCAUUUAUUGCGGGGAGCAUUGUGGGUGGGCUGUUGGGCGGUGUGUAUCAGGCGGGUUAUUUCAAGAUGUCGACGUGGAUACCCUUUGUGUGGGCAUUGGUCAAUGCCAUGGUACUCAUUCUGUCGUCUUUCGCCAUACAUGGCGGUCUAUAACAUGCUUCAAUAUCCUCGAGUUCUAGGGAAUGCCAGCUUUCCCGAUCGGUCGAUCCAACGUUUCCGUGAAUCACAUCCAGCGCCAGUCACAUGAAAAUGGAGUGCUCAAAGGGGCUGUUUGAACCCUAGGUCAUGAGAACAGUUCAAAGUAUC